AUGGCCCAGCCCGACGUGCCCGGGAGUUCCGGGACAUCGACGGCCCGUCACUCUCCUUCACGACCGUGUACUCAUGGACCACGUCCACGAGCCGUUUGGCCGGAGAGGGAGAGUCGUUCUUGUGAGACACCGCUUCCCCCCCAUGCCAGACCGCACCCUUUCCCCUCCCAAGAUUGGAAGAGGAAGGGUCGGCCCCAGACACAAGGAGGACCGGCACCCACAUCCCAUCCCUUUAGACGGGGUCACCGAAGUGACCCCACCAGAGACCCGUCCCGCCGGAGCAGCAGCCCCGGCCAACGACAGGCCUCAACCGUCGGGGGGACGGCGACCCCCCUCGGCCAGCCGCCCCACUGGGCUAACGAGCCUGGCGCCCGUGCAUGGAGGGGAGAUAGAAAUCUCCCCCUAACGGUGCCAUGCCACCGGGGGUUUGAAGUCAGAGUCCCCGUCUCCUACCAGCGAUUGGGACAAGUCCCUAAGGAGUCGCUGGGCUCCUCUUGUUCCCUCCAGCGAGGGAACUGUGCGCUCUUGGCACCGCAAGACGACUCCAGCGAGCCGCCGCACGGUGAGCCCUCUCACCACAACAUGGUGGCGCACAACGAGAGGGCGCAGCAGCGGACCUCGCCCGGCUGCAGACGGCUCCGGGGACCCCGAAGAUGCUGCACCCGGAAGGACCGGAGUAUGGCCCGGCCAGCCUAA